AUGGCUGCUCCUGGUUCAGUAGUUGCAUCGGGUGGUGGUAAUUUAUCGGAUUUUGUGAAGCUCGGUUGGGUUUGGUUUGGCAAUAGAGGUCCUAAGAUGUGUGGGAGAGUUAGAGUGAGUUUGAGAGGUGUACAGAGUGAAAAACGGAAUGCUUUUGUUGGAUGUCUUAUGUCCGAUUUCGAGCCCAGAUGUCCCAUCUCAGGUUCUCUGUUUUCAAGUGGGAUGAGUAAUGGUCGGACUUUCUCAUCUUCGUGUUACUCUGAUGGGCUUAUGCCUGAAGUGUCGAAUGACGGAGCUUUGAGUGCUGAGCAGCUGUCAGGUCUCGCACUUUCAGUGGAGGAGAAGAGGCUGGAUGAUAGAACUUUGAAGUUUCUAUCUGGCGCAUGUUACAUGCCUCAUCCAGAUAAAGAAAAAACAGGAGGAGAGGAUGCUCAUUUUAUAUGUGGUGACGAGCAAGUAAUUGGGGUUGCGGAUGGGGUUGGUGGUUGGGCGGAUGUUGGCGUGAACUCGGGGGAUUAUGCUCGCCAACUCAUGUCUAAUUCGGUUGAAGCCAUUAGAAAGGUGCCAGGUGAAGAUGUUGACCCCUUGCGUGUCUUGGAAGAGGCACAUGCAGCAACUAAUAUGAUGGGUUCUUCAACAGCCUGCAUUAUUGCCUUGAAAAAUCAGGAUCUGCAUGCCAUCAACCUCGGAGAUAGUGGGUUUAUUGUAGUCAGGGAUGGGCAAGCAGUAUUUGAAUCGCCUGUACAAGUGCACGGUUUUAAUUGCCCUUAUCAACUUGAUCGAGGCACGAGUGGUGACCUGCCAUGUUCUGGACAGGUUUUGAAGGUUCCAGUUGAACCUGGAGAUGUGGUGGUUGCUGGUAGCGAUGGGCUGUUCGACAACGUGUAUAGUAAAGAGAUAGCAAGUAUUGUGGGUGAUGCCAUGAAAGAAGGUAUGAGCCCUGAAGCCACAGCCCGAAAGGUUGCUGAAUUUGCACGUGCACGGUCUCUGGACAGGAUAUAUCGGACUCCAUUUUCUGUUGCUGCUGAAAAGGCCGGAUACAUUUACUUUGGCGGUAAACUUGAUGACUUGACUGUCGUGGUCUCGUAUGUUUCUGGUUAUUCAAAAUACUGA